CACGGAAAUGAAAAGAAACAUUUUGGCGUGUGAGUGCGUUAUAGGUUUGAUAGAAUCGGCAUACUGUUAAAAUGUAUAAAAUACUUUUAAUAUUUACGAAAUGUAAGACACAUAUUUAACUAUCAAACAACCAACCGAAAACUGAUAACGAGGCAUAGCUUUAUUUAGCAGUUACUUUAACAGUUAGCUAGCUGUAACAUCACAUAGCUAUUAGCUAGCUGGGCAGCCUAAUUGAAGUUUUACUUUAAUCACCUGCGUGGAUACUUAUCAAGGCGAAUCACUUAAAUUACAGCUUCCUGAUUUUUUCCCUCCGCAGUUUUCAGAGACGAUUUCUGAUUGGAAACGGACAAACAAACCAAUAUGACUUGUAGAGAACUCAAAGAGGCAUUUGUCAGCAACCUGACUGGGACAAGCCUGGUUGAGGUCUCGCUGGGAUCCACCCUUGCUCCUCUGUGUUUGAUAAGCAGAGGGUUAGUUCUGAUUCUUUAUCACCUUGGUAAGGGUAUACUUCCUUUUCCCUGGAACGUCCACUUUCUUUUGGACUUUACCAUAGUGAUGCUCCCACUUGUCCUGUCUUGCACAAUACUGAGUGACAUCCUUCCCCUGGUCAUCAUGACUCUAGGAGCCAUUAAUAUCAGCUUGCUAUUCUGUGUUUACCACAGAAGAAAACAUGGUGCUGGUCUGCCCAUGCAGGAUGUGGUCAAGAAUUUUUUGCAGAUGAACCUGGAGACCAGCUGCAUACCCUUUGUGACGGUCUUCCGAGUGCUUGUCAAUGUGAAGACCGCCAUUAGCAUUCUUGCUGUUGACUUUCCUGUGUUCCCCAGACGUUAUGCAAAAACUGAAACCUAUGGGACUGGGGUUAUGGACUUUGGUGUGGGAGCCUUCAUCUUGGCUAACUCUCUAGUUUGCCCUGAAGCACGAAGAAAGGAUGCUCCUGGGUCUACGUUCAGCUCUAUUUUUAAACAGCUCUUGUCUGUUUGGCCCCUCAUUUUCCUUGGAAUGGCAAGGCUGAUUAGUGUCAAAAUAGCAGGUUACCACGAGCAUGUUACAGAGUAUGGUGUGCACUGGAAUUUCUUUUUCACACUGGCUAUAGUCAGAGUGUCUGCCUCAAUACUUUUGGCUCUGUUUCCAGUUAGUAAGUCAUGGCUGUUGGCUGUAAUCAUUGGUGGACUUUACCAGAUCGUUCUUGAGAUAACCGAACUCAAGUCCUUUAUUAUACACGACAGUGACAGAACUGGAGGAUUUUUAAGUGCCAACAAAGAAGGAGUGUUUUCAGUCAUAGGGUACAUAGCUAUCUAUAUUGCUGGGGUACAGGUGGGACUCUAUGUGAUGCAAAAAAGAACACUAGUCAAAGACUGGAUCAAAGCAAUAUGUCAUCUCUUGUUAGCAAGUUUUGUGUUAUGGGCAGUGUUGUAUAUCUGCCAGACGUUUGUAGAGCCAGUCUCUCGCAGAAUGGCAAAUCUUUCUUUUUGUAUUUGGACUCUUGCACAGUCUCUGUUUUUCCUGUCCUGUAUAAGCAUUGCUGAUGUUGUCUUAGUUUUUUCCAAAAUGUUAUCUAGUUGUACACUAGUGUCUUCAUCUUGGAACCCCAUUCAAAAUAGCAAGCCUGAAGCCCAGUUGGCAGAGGAGAAAAUAAAGGAGAAGAUUGAGGGGGUUUGUCUCAUUCAAGCUGUAAACAGAAAUCAGCUGCUGUUUUUCCUACUGGCAAAUAUUAUGACAGGUCUGACCAAUGUUAUGGUUGAUACAGUCAAUAGUAAUGAUUUCUUCUCUGUGUGUGUAUUGCUGUUGUACAUGUUUAUGAAUUGUUCUAUCAUAUUAAUUUUACAUCUCAAGAAGAUUACAGUUAAAUUCUGGUAAAUCAGUCCUGUUCUGUUUACAGAAGAAAGGAAUGGAUGGACCAUGGACCAUGGUUUCUGAACCAUUAUUCAUUCAAGGUGUUGAAAUGUUGAGAACAGAAAGUACAAGAUGAUCUAACUGUUUUAUUAUUAAGGGGGAAAUAACCCUAACGUGAAGC